AUGGAAAUAUUAGUUGGCGUCAAUAUUUGCGAUGAUACAACCUUCUGCCCGCAGGAUGCGGAUUGCAAUCAUGUUGAUUUUAGCUGCACCUGCCAUCCAGGAACACAGAAUGAAGAAAAAUGUUUUGGCAACGACUGUGCCACUUUUAGUUGCUGUCUUAUAAGCGAAUAUUUUGAUUGGAACGCCAGAGAAUGCGUUGAUAUCAACGAAUGCAACUCAACUGAACCUGUUUGUCCAAAAUCAAUGACUUGUUCAAACAUACCUUUGACAUAUGAAUGCACCUGCGAUUCUGGUUACGAAAAUGCUUCAUGUGAAGGAACAAAUUGCGACAAUUUCCAGUGCGUCGACGAGGACGAAUGUUUGCAAAGUCCAUGUCUCGUGAAUGAGAUCUGCAAUAACACCAUUGGAAGCUACAACUGUGACUGUAUUGAUGGCCUGAUUAGAGAAAGUGACAUUUGUGAGGAAAUUUUCGAGUGCGCGAAGGACGAAGAUCCCGUUUGUCCGGAGCAUACAACUUGUAAAGAUAUUUUCGCAAGCUUUGAGUGCACCUGUGACGCUGGGUUUCUAGAAGAAAUGUGCCAAGGAUACGAUAACUGCGCUGGUUUUCAAUGCAUUGAUGAAGAUGAGUGUGUUGUCGAUCCAUGUGCGGAAAAUAUGGCCUGCAACAAUACUGUUGGAAGUUUUGAGUGUAACUGUGUCGAGGGAAUGGAGAAAAUUGGCGGGAAAUGUGUCGAUAUUGACGAAUGCUUUUUGAUCUCGAAUCCGUGUCCUGAACAUUCGGUCUGUAAGAAUACGCACAAAGGCUUUGAGUGUCAUUGUAAAUCCGGGUUUUCUGGCGAUUUAUGCGUCGGACUUGAUGAUUGCUUAGACUUCAGUUGCGAAGAUAUUGAUGAGUGCUCGACUGGUAGCCAUUUGUGCGAUGAAUUUUGUGACAAUACUGUUGGAAAUUACAGUUGCUCAUGUUCUGUGACAAUGCGACAACACGGACUUUACCAAUGUCAGCCAGUUAUUUUUGACGGGGCUGACUUGCUGAACAUGGACGACGAUGAAUUGAAAAGAUUUGUAGAGCAAGAACUUACAGUUAUUGAGGAGAAAAUGGAAGCAGCUAUGAAUGACUCAGAAAUUGCAGCAGAAGCGAUCGUUUCUUUCGCGUCUAAAACCAUCGAUGCAAAUAACCAAGAAUAUAUUUUUAUCAAGCAAUCGAACGAAUACGAGCAGGGAAAGUACAAAGAACCAGUCAAAUCCUUCCUAGAUCGAGCAGCGAUUACCAAAUUGGUCUAUACUUCAAAACACAGAAUGGAUCUGAAAAUCACUCUUAGGCGCUUCUUUUCGUACUUCUUCCUGACACUGAGUCUUUACGGGCUUUCAACAGUCAUCGUUCCCGCCGAAAAAUACGAUCUGGACAAAAAUUUUCGCGACAAAAUCUCCAUCAUUCCUGGUAAAACACAACUUCAUGUCCAGUCAACUUGGGAUCUUCUGGAGAACGAAAUUUUGCCUCUUAUUCAUGCUAGAAACUACAGUAAUGGCGAAAUACCGAGAAAGAAAGAUAAAGCUUUUGCUCGAGACGGCGUGAAUUUCCGACUUGGGCCAUCUUCGCUCAAGCAGCAUCGAGACCAAUGCGGCUUUUUCACAACCGACUGGCAUGUUCAGCCGAAUGCCACCAAAAGAACAAUGCGCAAAAUGAGAAAAUCCCCGCUACUGUCUUCCUACUUCUCCGAGACGAGAUCAACUCUUUCGUCCGACAUCUAUCUUCAGACUCCCAAUCGGUUGUCCUCAAAUACUUGCGAAUUUACUUCCGAUCUCGGGACUUCAAAAGAAAGUGCUGAAUAUAUGCUCAAUUAUCUUCGGAAAAACGCAUGGUUCGAUCAAAAAACGAAGCUUCUGAUUUUCGAACAAAGUUUUUUGAACAUGAAUAUCAACUCUUUUGUAAAACUUCGGGUCAUUUUCGAAUUCGUCGAAGGCGGUGCGAUUUUGCCAACUCUGCUUUCUGCUGAUACACAUUUUAUCGACUUUGAAUGCUGUUGGACAGUAUAA